AUGAAGUUUACGCUUCCAGAAGAUGCUUUUCCUGCAUUGGUUCUAUCGCCGGUGCAAAAGGAAGCUUUCAUUCGGGAGGCGCAGGCAGUAGUGCACGACACCCUUGUAGCAAACGAAGCUUUUCUCGCGGAGGGGUCCAAGUUUCCAACUACAAAGUGGAGACUAGUGCGGAGAAAAGACGGACUGAGCGUGUAUCGCGAACGGCGGACAGCUGCAAAUAGCAGAGCUCCGGGGCAACAAAAGAGCACUCAUUUACCAUCGCCAUCAAGUCAAAGUUCAUCGUGGACGACAGCUUCGGACGUCUCAUCUUUUUCGUCGGACGAUGCGAAUGCAUCUCUCAUGGAGCUACCGGCUAUGGUUCUUCACGGCACAGUGGAUGGAUCACUCGACGAGUGUAUGUUCGGAGCAUUUGCGCCAACGAAUGAGGCGUGGAGGUGGCGAAGUUCUCACAUCGGUGACCGCCUUGAUGAUUCCCGGAUCCUGGCGACCAUCCGUCUGCCAACGCAUGAUGACCCAUUUCAGUUUUUGGGAAUCAAAUGGUUUGCCAAGGAGAAUCCAGCGAUACUAUCACGUUUGAUGCAACAGCGCGAUUAUCUCGUCAUAGAGGCUACGGGGCUUACACGUGACUCUGCGGGUGAAAAGGUCGGGUAUUACCUCAUGCACUCAAUUUCCUUGAGUGACGUACCGGAACUUACCGAGCUCGGUAUCAUCCGUGCCAAGCUCAGCAUGUGCUUCAUCGACCGCCAAAAAGGUACUGGCAAGGUUGAAAAGUACUGCCGUACGUUCAGUGAACCCGGAGGCAGGAUUCCAGGCCGCCUUGCUGCUGCAGUAGGAGCCGAAGCCAUCAUCAGCGCCUCGCGCAUUGUUGACUAUGCGGUCGUUAAGAAGCUUACUUGGUUUAUCAAGGAGAAGAGACAGCUCCAACGUGAGCGGCACCAAAAGACUGGAUCGAGUCGACCCAAGCAAUGCGCGACGUGUUACAAGACAUUUAGCACGUUUGCUUCAACUGCGUUCUGUCACAUCUGUCACCACGCUAUGUGCACAAAAUGCAGCGUGACUAAGAAGAUGACUAUCGACGUGUCAAGCACGGGUGCUGUGAAGCAGUGUGCACUCCAGUUUUGUAUUAAGUGCAUCAUGGAGGCCAAGGAAAAGUCCGUGUGGGAAAUGGCUCUCAGUGAAGUUGAGACUGCGUCCGAGAUCUCGUCAAUUUCAAGAUCAGCUUCAGCCGGGUUUUUUGUAAUUGAGACCUUUUCGUCGACGAACAGCGAUGGUGCACACAUGAUAGACCCACUCAGUAAUUGA